UGGGAAAAGGCACGGCCCUUUCUAAAAGGUGAGGGGUGCUGAGGACACAUCGGAGCCCCGGGAGCCUCGGGACGUGGUGACUUCUCAGCCCGCCCCAGCUGCUUUGGUCGACGGGACGGGAGUGGGAAGUGAUGGCCCAGGCAGGGCAACAGAACAGGCUGGGCAGGGAGGCUGCGGGAAGUUGGAGUGUUGGCGCAACUUUCCGUUAACCUGUCCAGGGGGCUGCAGACCGCGGCUGUUUUAACAUCUUCAAAGACCCGCCACGGGUGAGGCCCAGCGCCGACCAACACUUCCACCCGUGCCGACCAGCGCUGCUGCAACCCCAGGGACCCGUUCCCCGCUCCCUCCACACUCUGCACUAGGACGGGUUUCCCUUAAAGCUAAAGAGCCCAGAAGCCAGCAGGCUAUCGAGCCGGCUGCUGGGAUCCUGGGCGUGGCCGUCGUGGUCUCACCCUCAGUGGAAAUGGGGGACAAGCCCUUCGUCUCGAUGCCGAAGCUGGUCUUUCCCGGCUCACCCUCGGCCGCCAAUGGCAGGUGUGACCGCUUGCCUUCCAGCAGGCGGGCGUCCCUCGGCUCGCCCCUGGGCCACGGUGCCCUGUGCCCCGCCGCCCACAGCCCCCUGGACUCCAGCAGCCAGCCACUGUGCCAGCCGCGGGCCGAGAAGUGCGGGCCCCGGGCGGCCCAGGAGGUGCGCUACGUGGCGGCAGGGCAGCCCGGCGAGGCGUGUGGCUGGCGGGCCUUCGCCCCCGCGUGCCUGCAGGCCUUCAACACGCCCCGGGGCUUCCUGCUGUUCCUGUGCGCGGCCUCCUUCCUGCAGGGCAUGACGGUCAACGGCUUCAUCAACACCGUCAUCACCUCCAUCGAGCGGCGCUAUGACCUGCGCAGCUACCAGAGCGGCCUCGUCGCCAGCUCCUACGACGUGGCCACCUGCCUCUGCCUCACCUUCGUCAGCUACUUUGGGGGCAACGGUCACAAGCCCCGCUGGCUGGGCUGGGGCGUGCUGGUCAUGGGCGCCGGCUCGCUGGUGUUCGCGCUGCCCCACUUCACCGCAGGCCCCUAUGAGGCGGAGGUGGACGAGGCCGUCGGGACAUGCGGGGCCAACCGCAGCGUGGCGUGCGGGGACCGCGCCUCCAGCCUGUCCCGCUACCGGCUGGUCUUCAUGCUGGGCCAGUUCCUGCACGGCAUAGGCGCCACGCCCCUCUACACGCUGGGAGUCACCUACCUGGACGAGAACGUCAAGUCCAGCUACUCGCCCGUCUACCUCGGCAUCUUCUACACCGCGGCCAUCCUUGGCCCGGCGGCUGGCUACCUGGUUGGAGGAGCCCUGCUGAACAUUUACACUGACAUUGGCCAACGGACAGAGCUCACCACCGAGAGCCCGCUGUGGGUUGGCGCCUGGUGGGUCGGCUUCCUGGGCACCGGAGCUGCCGCCUUCCUCACCGCCGUCCCCAUCCUCGGUUACCCGCGGCAGCUGCCAGGCUCCCAGCGAUACGUGGUCAUGAGAGCAUCUGAAACACACCAGGUGAAGGACAGUGGCCACAAGGCGACCAGCAACCCUGACUUCGGGAAAACCAUCAGAGACCUGCCUCUCUCCACCUGGCUCCUCCUGAAGAACCCCACGUUUGUCCUGCUCUGCCUGGCCGGGGCCACCGAGGCCACACUCAUCGCUGGCAUGUCCACGUUUGGCCCCAAGUUCCUCGAGUCCCAGUUCAGCCUGAGCGCCUCGGAAGCUGCCAGCUUGUUUGGGUACCUGGUGGUGCCUGCGGGUGGUGGAGGCACCCUCCUGGGCGGCUUCCUUGUGAACAAGCUCAAGCUCCGUGGCUCGGGCAUCAUCAAGUCCUGCCUGCUCUGCACCCUGACCAGCCUGCUGGCCGUCCUCGUCUUCCUUGUGCACUGCCCCAACGUGCCCAUGGCCGGCGUGACCGCCAACUACAGCGGGAGCCCCCUGCCUGACGGCCGCCUGGAGCUGACGGCCACCUGCAACGCCGCCUGCGGCUGCUGGCCCGAACACUACCACCCUGUGUGCGGCUCCAAUGGCCUCACGUACUUCUCGCCCUGCCACGCGGGCUGCCCGGAGGCGGCCGUGCCCAGCCCAGGCGGCCAGAAGGUGUACCGAGACUGUAGCUGUGUCCCUCAGAAUUUUUCCUCUGGUUUUGGCCAUGCUACUGCAGGGAAAUGCACUUCAACUUGUCAAAGAAAGCCCCUCCUUCUGGGUUUCACAUUCGUUGUAAUUACCUUUACAUUCCUCAGCAGCAUUCCUGCACUGACCGCGACUUUACGGUGCGUCCCUGACUGGCAGAGGUCCUUUGCACUGGGGAUCCAGUGGAUUGUGGUUAGAACUCUAGGGGGCAUCCCGGGGCCCAUCGCCUUCGGCUGGGUGAUCGACAAGGCGUGCCUGCUCUGGCAGGGCCAGUGCGGCCAGCAGGGCUCCUGCUCCGUCUACCGGAACUCGGCCAUGAGCCGGUACCUGCUCAUCCUGGGGCUGCUAUACAAGGUCCUGGGCUUCCUCUUCUUCGCUGCCGCCUGCCUCCUGUACAAGCCCCCAUCGGGGCCUUCUGACGGCCUGGAAGCAUCUCUGCCCAGCCAGUCCUUGGCCUCCGACAACCCCCUGGACCUUCAGGAGGCCCCCUCCACCCUCCAGCUCCAGAGCGACGUCUGACAGCCCCCCGCCCGCCCAGGGGCCCGCCAGCCUCACGGCGCUUCCCAGGAACACCGUCUAAGUUCUCUCCGGGAGGGGUGACCCCUCACCGAUUGACCCCCGGCGCUGAGGACCUGUGAGAAUCUGCCACUGGAUCGGGGAAGGGGGAACUGAGCUGACCGUCCCGCGUCUGAGCCUUAAAGGCACCAAGGAGAAAACUGGAGAUGCAUGGGAAGGACCGCCCAGCCCCAGCCCCUCAGACCUCAGUGGGGGCAGUGGGGGCUGGGCUCUCAGAUCCGGAAGAGCAAGGCCCACAGCUGUGCCCUCCCUUCCGCCCCAUCCACCCCCCCCACCCCGCUCUUUGCCAUGGACUUAGCCUGACGGCGUCCUCUGGGGCGUCAGGACCCCUGGGGCACAUUAACAGCCAUGCUUCCAAAGCGCUGCGUGCAGUUCCCACCUAACCCGGCAGGAGCUGCAGAAAGCGCAGAACCACGUGCGGGCUUGCUGAGGCUCCCCGAGCGGCAACCGACGGGCUCGGGGCGGCGGCCGCCCGGCGGUGUGCAAGUGCUCUCCUCUCCAGCGGAGCCGAGACGCGCUCAGCUGGUCUUUGACGGCCCAGGGCUUGUGCGCCGUUUUCACUGGUGAAGCUGGCACUUCUGGGAUCCCCUGACGGGAGGUGCAGACGCCUGCCCCCCGCCCCCCCACCGCCGUCAAGAUGCUGCGUGGCCAGUGGUGCUUCUGGGUGGGGCCCCCGCACCUUGCGGCCGCCUGGCCCUGACUUCCUGUGUGUCUCCUGAUGAAGAGGUGGCGGGUGUGAGGCUGUCCCCGGGGGCGCCAUCCCCAUGGACCCUUCUCCUUGAUGUGUUGUUCAAAACCUGCUGUCACCGCCUGUCCUCGGCGCCACCCGGCCCCGCUGUGGGACGGGAGCCACUUGCAUAAGGAUGUAUUUGUGGACCCAUAUCUGGCGUGAACAUUUAUUUAUGGAAUUUGUUUUUUACCCGAUGAUGCGAUAAGCGUUUGUGAAUCUGCCCCGAGGACAUCAGGACUCGCGUGGAACGCCUGUUGCCGGUGUCCUCAGUGACAGUUGUUUGUACGUAAAUAUAUUUUAAUAUUUAAAGCCUA